AUCCCAUUUACUCACACUACGUACCAGUCAAUAGUCAAAUAGGACUCGAUUCCACGAUGAAAUCCAUCUGUUGUGUACUUUUUGCUGUCCUUGGGACUUCCUACGCAUUUCUUUUAGGCGAUGGUCCAGUUCAUGCUUCAUGCAAAGUUGACUGGACAUUUGGAACUUCCUGUGAUGACGUAAAAGCAAAGAUCAAAAGUCAAAUAGCCGCAUGGACGUCUGCUGAUGGGUGUGCUAGUGGAGGCGAAAAAUGUCUGUACACUUUCAAAUCUGAGUCUGGUAAUACACUGAAGGCUACCCACGAAACCCCAGUCCACCAUUAUGUUGAUGACCUGACCUUCACCUUUACCCAAGUAGAUGCUUCCUCGUGUAAAGUUCACGGAUACUCUACCUCCGAGACCUGGUAUGCUCAUCUUGACUACAGCACUAACUACUGCAAUCUAAAUAAUCUCAUAACAGGAUCCGCCUUACAUCAAGUAGCGGGAUACACGGAGACUACUUCGAACAAAAUCUGUACGCAGUACUCCGAGGCUAACUGUGAAAAGUACUAAAUGUCAAUUAGUUGUAAUAAAAUCA